CUUGGAAAUACAAUAGACCCUUCCAUUGGAGUUUUCCCUGAGAUCUAUAAUUAUCGGUCUAUACACAAGCUACGUGUAGGGUUAAUGAAUAGCGUAAUUAGACCUGCAGCUAGCUAGGUACGGAUUAUGGGUAACCAGGACUACUUCUUACUCAUGUUUACACGCUACAUAUAUAGCUUAAUUAAAGCAUCUCCUGCUGAAGCUUUUUCUUUGCCAUUCUAGUGUAAAACAAAGGAUCAGCUCAGGAAAAUCAAUUCCAGUUUUCAGAGCUUCGACCAUACCACUUUCGGAUCGAAGUCAUCAAAGCGAGCAGCCAGCUGCAGGUAUGCAUCCAUUAUACUGCUUGCUUGCUAGUUUUUGUUUGUUUACUUAGCUUGUUUCAUUUACAAAACAGAUUUUGCAUUUCUACCUUGUAGUUCCCAGCUACUCCCUUUUUUCUUCUCACAGCUAAUAAGAUUACGUUCAUGUCUUCUUCUUCUUCUUCUAAGUCAAAGUCCAAGCCUUCAAAGUCUCGCCCCAACCAUCCUUCUUCAUCUUCGUCUGCUUCUUCUCACCCUCUUCAUGAAUUUGAAGAAAUAGUGUUUAACUCCGAUUUUCUCGAUGCAUCCUACUAUGAAAACUUCAUAGAAACGUGCUUAACCCUCUUGACCUCUGAAACCCACUUAGAAAUUCCCAUAACCCGUCAGGAUGCAGAGUAUGACUUGAACAAUUAUUUUUUUCUUAAGUUAAUUAGUAUGGGGAAACUUUUCUAUCAAAGUAGUUGUUAAGAAAAGUGAUAUAUAUUUGAUUGCAUUUGCUUCAAAUAACUGUGUAUGGUAUUUCAAGGAUGUUAGCUUGAGUCUUAUGAAAAAAAUAUUUUCAUCUGAAGAGUACAAGUCUUUUGAUUUUCAUCCCCUUGCUUUCACAGCCUCUUACGGCCAUCUUGAAGGGUAUGCAAAACUUGCACCUGAGAAAAGUAGGAUGGACUUUUCCUUAGGCUUGGCCACAUUCAAUUCAUAUAUUUGUGAGCUCUGUGGCUUAGAUAGAACUGACCGUAAGAGGGAUUAUUUAAUAGCCCGAGCCUUUCUCGUCUUUGUCCAAAUGGUGCCCGAAUGUGUUAGAAUUAAAAAAUUCCAACAACGGGUCUCCCAGGUUUUUCAACCUGAUGAAGAUGGUAUUUUUCCUACCCUAAACCCAAAUAUGUUUGAUAUAAAAUGUCAACUGAACUGGGAAACCAUGUCCGAAAGAACAUUAGAAAUGAAGAAUCUGACGGACAAGUUUGAUAAACCUCUCAUUCUUGGCGAUGGUAAAGGUGAGACGGUUGAGUGCGCCGAACAUGUGAAACAACUGUUACACAUACUCAAGUCCAAAAAGCUUUCUUAAGGUUGACAAUAUAUAAUCAUCAAAGUUUAUCUGAAGCAGCCGGAUGGUCCGAUGGAGGUUGUUCAGAUUUAAAUUCAAGAAUCACCUGGAAAUUGCAUGGGCCUGCAUCAUGCACUCUCUUCAUGUUUAUUAAUUUAUUUUCUUUUAAUUUGGCAGUAUUUCAUUCGGUAUUAUAUUUUGCAUCAUCAGACUCAUGUUACAUUAAUUAAUGUAUUUUUCUUGUGCACCUUAAUUGCGGUGUCGCUGUAAUUCUUUGUUACGUUUGUUUGUUAUUUUCAUUUUCAAGGAAU